UGCCUUUCUCUCUAUCUCUCCCUCUCUCUCUCUCUGCCUUUUUAUCUCUCUCUCUCUUUCUCUCUCUCUCUCUCUCUCUAAAUCUGCCUCUCUUUCUCUUUCUCUCCUCCCUCUGUUUCUCAUACACACGCUUUCCUCUCACUAUGAAUGACAGAACUCCGCUAUUCACCCUAACGAUUUAACUGCGGUGUCCCAAAUCUGUGAUGUGAAGGCUCCCUGCUGCCAAGAGACCAUCUGAUUCAGCGAGAGACGAGCGAGACGAGACCAGACAAACCGAGACGAGACCUCCUCAAAAGUGUGUCAGAGUCGUUCCAGUUCCAAAUCACCAUGAGCUGGAGCUUCUUAACUCGCCUCUUAGAGGAAAUACACAACCAUUCAACAUUCGUGGGGAAAAUCUGGCUCACGGUCCUCGUGGUAUUUCGGAUUGUUCUCACGGCCGUGGGUGGCGAGUCCAUCUACUACGACGAGCAAAGCAAGUUUGUGUGUAACUCAGGCCAGCCCGGCUGCGAGAACGUGUGCUAUGACGCCUUUGCGCCGCUCUCGCACGUCCGCUUCUGGGUAUUCCAGAUUGUUCUGGUGGCCACGCCCUCUCUGAUGUACCUCGGCUAUGCCGUGAACAAGAUCGCCCGGUUGGAAGAAGGCAAAGAGAGCGUCGUUAGCACUUCAGUGAAAUUUUCCAAGAGUAGAAAGUUUUAUCUCAGCAGACGUCAAAGCCGAGGUCUGGAGGACGCUGAAGAAGACCAGGAGGAAGAUCCGAUGAUUUACGAUGAGACUGAAGUGGAAAGCCGAAGUGACAGCGCAGCUCAGGGUGCAACGGGAAGUGGUAUGAAGACACGACAUGACGGCCGACAGCGAAUCCAACGAGACGGACUAAUGAGGGUUUACGUCCUCCAGCUGGUCGCUCGGUCCACUUUAGAAAUAGCCUUCCUGAUUGGUCAGUAUACGCUUUACGGUUUCGCUGUCCCGGCUCGUUACGUGUGCUCGAGUGAACCGUGUCCUCACGUUGUGGAUUGUUUUGUUUCCCGUCCGACGGAGAAGACGAUCUUUUUGCUCAUCAUGUACGCUGUCACCAUGCUCUGCUUGCUGCUUAAUGUCUGGGAGAUGCUCCAUCUCGGACUGGGCACCAUGUUCGAUCUCCUGCUGGCCAGACAGCGGCGAUACGGGCCGGACGAUGACCUGGCCGUGAGCGAGGAUGACGGACGAGGAGGAUACGGAGGGUACGCGCCAUCCUGGACGUCCCCUUCGGCACCGCCAGGCUACAACAUCACUGUGAAGGCGGAGACGGCACCAUUUAAACAAAAGGUGGAGGAAGAGGCGUCACCCAGGGCACAUCAGCAGCAGUACGGAAGCACAGAAGAUAACUUCCUCCAGGUACAGAAAGCAGCAGAAAAGAACCGAAAGGCAAAGCAACAGCAUGACGAGAGAAAACGACGUGAGCAUGAAAGAAACAAGCGAGAUGCAAGCAGAGGGGAGCGAGGGAGCAGCCGCAGCAGUAGCAAGUCGGACGAGGGGAAGCCGUCUGUUUGGAUUUGAGACGCAGACCAGUGAAAUGUGCUUCAAUACCAAAAGUGAACUUGUAUCAGUACUACCAAGAUUUUAUUUUUUCAGAACACACAGAAGAAACCCAUUGGUUUUAGAUUUGAGGUUUAGGGCUCGUGUUCAUCUGAGUAAACAACGAGGUCUUUUUUUCAAUAUGGACCAGAGAGAGUCCAGAGAUAUACUCGGACCAGUAUAUCAAAUGGCGGCCGAUUCGGAUUUGAGACGUAGCCGUCCAUCGUUUUCCUGAGAUCGAUCCAGCUGCCGUAGCGCUGAAAUAAACCCACACCGAUCACCGAGACAUGUAGCAAAAGACAUCUAAAACCACUAGAUUGCACAAUCAAAAUGUUCCUGAAUCUGAAACAGCUGAAAUUCUCACAGUGAAUUGUGGGUAAUGGCAAUAAACCUGUAUCCGCAGGCUUCGUAAACACAGCUGGCUUUAGAUUUGUCCCUUUAGGAAAUGAAAGAAUUAUGCAUAAAGGGGACAGGGUUUAUUUGGCAGCAAGAGACUGAAAAAUGUCCUUUCAGAAAAUUUGGAGUAGCUUUAACGUUAGCAUGCUGAAGAUUUUGUAAACAAGCGCUUGUCUUUUUGGCUGCACUUCAUAGUGGAAAAUGGAAAUGAAACAACUUCUAUAUUUUUUUCCUUUCUCAAAAGAAGGGUGACGUGCUUAGGCACAGCGUCCACACACUGCGAGAAUCAGGACUUUUUGUGUUAUUGAUUCUUUCCGCCAAAAUUUAAAGGAAUAUGCGGAGUGCAGAGUGUUUUUUUUGUUUGUUUGUUUGUUUGUUUGUUUCUGGAUGUCAGACAUGAAAGAGAUUGAAAAUUUCCUUUGAGCUAAUCCAGAGCCCAAUCACAAGAAGAUCAGAAACAGAACUGAACUAAGUCGACGGUUAGCGUCUGUUUCUCGUUGAGGAUAUUUUGGUUUGGUGCUGCUAUUACGUGCCUUUAAUUUCUUUCUUUCAGUCGUUCUUUUGUUGUUGUUGGGGUCCUUGUUGGAUUUGUUGCAAUAGGAACUGGUUCAUAUUAAAGUGCAGAUGAAGACGUUACACCACAUGUAGUCCAUCAACCGAGACAAGAGCUACGCUGCUAACAUGGCUAACAAGCCAGCCACCAGUUUAGCAUGUUGCACUGAAUGCGCAUCUGUUGCGUAUCUUUGGUCGGUUUGUGGAGAUAUCCAGGGUUUCCACUCUAUUAAAUCUAAUCCACUCUAUUAGACUCGAUGUAGCUUCUGACUCAAAAGACUCACAGCACCGGCUGCUAAGAAGACGAAUCACGAAUCAUUCUUCCUCAGCAGAGUUGGUUUUUCUCUCUCUUGGAGUUAACAAGGUACCCAAAAAGCAUUGUGUCGCUUAGUGUGAACCGACACAUUUUAUCGAAACAACGGAGACUCCUUCCACUUGAGUCUCUUUACAAAAUAUCAGCCAUUAGACAUUUUUAUAACACCACAGUGUGGAUGCUAAACUGUUAGCUUUAAGCUUCCAUUACUGGAAGUGUGUCAUAUUCCUGGUUGAUUUCUCACAUGCUAUUAUUGUUGUGUAACUGAUAUAAAGUGUGGGUUUAUUUUCUCCUCGUUAAGUUUAAUAUGUGGAUUGUUUGCGGGUGCACUCGGUUCCAGCCCUGUUUCUCCGUUCCAUCACAGUUUAAGAGUUGUGUUAAAGAAUGUUCUAUAACUUUAUCACCGGAGAGGAUCGAGUUGUAUCAGCAUCAUGCAUCUAUAU